AAAUGCUGGCUGCAGUCCAGCCAGCCCUCUGCACUUUCCCAAGCCCGACGGACGGCCACCUCCACUGCGUGCACGGUCAGCCGCGGGACAGAAAUGAGGGGCAGCGCCAUGCAGCUCUUCCUCUUGUGCCUGCUGCUCCUCAGCCCUCAGGCUGUCACCUUCCGCCGCCAGCGCUCCCGUGAAAUGAGGAAGAGGGUCCAAGAGCUCCCUGCGGCUGCCAAGGCAGCCCCCAGCAGCAGGGACUUCACCUUCAACCUGUACAGGGCCUUGGCCUCAGCGGCCCCCGGCCAGAACAUCUUCUUCUCCCCGCUGAGCAUCUCCACCGGCCUGGCCAUGCUCUCCCUGGGCACUCGGUCCAGCACGAAGGCGCAGAUCCUGGAGGGCCUGGGCCUCAAGCCGCAGGAAGACCAGGAGGAGCAGCUGCACCGGGGCUUCCAGCAGCUGCUGCGGGAGCUCAGCCAGCCCCGAGACGGCCUCCAGCUGAGCCUCGGCAGCGCCCUGUUCGCAGACUCCAGGGUGCAGGUUGUGGACGCCUUCCUCAGUGCCCUAAAGACACUGUACCUGGCGGACGUUUUCCCCACCAACUUCAAGGACCCGGCAGGGGCCCAGAAGCAGAUCAACGACUAUGUGGCAAAGCAGACCCAGGGCAAGAUUGCCGACCUGAUCAAGGACCUCGACAGCACCGACAUCAUGGUGAUGGUGAAUUACAUUUUCUUUAAAGCUAAGUGGGAGACAAGCUUCAACCCCGAAAACACCAAGGAGCAGGACUUCCAUGUGACCCGGAAGAAAGCGGUGCGCGUGCCCAUGAUGAACCGCGAGGAUGAGUACUACUACCUCCUGGACCGAAACCUGUCCUGCAGGGUGGUGGGGGUCCCCUACCAAGGCAACGCCACCGCCUUGUUCGUUCUUCCCAGCGAGGGAAAGAUGGCGCAGCUGGAGAACAGACUGAGCGAGGAAACGCUGAGGAAUUGGCUUAAGAUGUUCACAAAGAGGGAGCUCGAGCUGUACCUUCCCAAGUUCUCCAUUGAGGGCUCCUAUCAGCUGGAGAAAGUCCUCCCCAGGCUGGGGAUCAGUGAGGUCUUCACCUCCAAGGCUGACCUGUCCGGCAUCAGCGACUACCCCAACAUCCAGGUGUCCGAGAUGGUGCAUGAUGCCGUGGUGGAGAUGGAUGAGUCAGGAACCAAAGCGGCUGCAGCCACGGGGGUGGUCUUCAUGUUCAGGUCAGCCCGACUGAACCCUCCAAGGGUGGUGUUCAACAGGCCUUUUCUGAUACUCAUUGUGGAAAACGGCAAGAACGUGAUCUUCCUUGGCAAAGUGACCCAGCCCUAAAGUGGGUCCUGAAAUCCACAGGCCUCCAUGGUGGGAGCUGGGCGUGUGCUACGGCCCAUCUGUCUGCUGGUAGCUAGUGAUCUGCACAGGCUUAGUUGUCCAACAAGGCAUCAUGAGUAACAACAAAAAGAUUGCCCCGUGGAUGAGUGAUUGCUUCCUCUGACACAAAUGCAAGACACAGGUGCCUUGGAGACCCUUAGAGAACACUCAGUCUUGCCCUCACCUUUCAUCAGUGGAGAUUAGCACUGAGGCCCAGAGAGGCUGGUUGACUCACCCAAGCUCGCACAACAUGAUACUGGCAGAAAGAGGCCCAGAGUCCACAUCUCUGACGCCCAUCCCAGUGUCACAGAACUCUGUAGGAGAGUUGUUCCAGAAGAUGAGGGCCACCAGGAAGUACAUGUCCAAGCCAGGUCUCCCACCCAUCAGCAACAACAACUGUCAGUUCAUCAUGGUUUGGAAAACCACUGGAAAGGGAGUCUGGAAUGGGGCUACUGUCCCUGUUCUAACCAGCUUUGUGACACUGGGGUUACACCAUUCCUCUCUGGACCUCAGUUUCCCCACGUAUACAAUGAAGAAUCAGGGCAAGUGUCCAAUCCAAGGACUUGAAAUCGUAUAGAAAGGCUGGGGUGUACCCUGCCAAUUAUAGCCAAUUUCAGUACACUCAAGUGCCAUUUACGCUUUAAUAAAGACAGGUGGACAUGAGGGUAGGAACGGCCCAAUGCAGGAGUGCAUCACCCUGUGGAUAAAGUUAUCAUCUCAUGGGCCUGGCUGGGGGUGGAAGAAUCGAGGCCUGUUGUAAAUAGUAGAGCAUCACUUGUAGACACUUAUUACCAGCUUUUUGAAUUUUAUGGCAGCAAUAACAAUAAAGCAUUUUGCAAACA